UUUUUAGUGUGUAGAUGGUGGGAUGGGUGUAUUUGGAAAAAAAGAAAGUGUGCAAAAAUUGACGUUCGCCAGUGAUAAAAAUGGCGCGAUAAAUUUUUAAAUUGGUAUCUCUCUUUUUGUUCUUAUGCAACAGGUCUUGAAAAAAAUUAAUUAAACAACCAUGGAAAUCAGACGGGACGAUAUGGGAAUGAACAAACAUAGCCAACGUAAAGCUAUUUUGGCUCAGGCCUUUCUGACAACUGCUGUUCUCUUGGUGACGGCCACAAACGGAAUGACAGCGGGUUUCCCUGCCCUUUUGCUACCUCAGCUUGAGUCGGAAAACAGCACCCUUCCAACCACAGAGGAAGAGGGCUCCUGGAUAACAAGCAUCCACUCAAUUGUGACACCGAUUGGGUCGCUCGCGUCCGGCCCAAUAAUGGAGCGCCUAGGGCGCCGAACCACCCUUCUCCUCAGCAUAGUACCUGGACUUAUGGGCUGGCUCACAAUUUCCUUGUCAAAAUCGCAUACGACCAUAUUAAUUGGCAGGUCGCUGACUGGAAUUACAACAGGCCUGUCCGCUCCACCGGCGUUGGUCCUGCUUGCAGAAAUGGCCGAGCCAAAAUUACGUGGCUUUUUAGUUGGAGCGCCGUCGACAAGUUUUUCCAUUGGAAUAUUGAUUAUAUAUUCCUUGAAUACUAUUUUGCCCUGGCAAAUGGUCGCAGCUGUGGCCACAACACUACCCUUCAUAGCAUUCGCUUCAUUUUUCUUGCUUCCUGAAAGUCCGCUGUGGUUGGCUAAAAUGAACAGGCCAGACGAAGCCAUGAAAUCAUUAACAUGGCUGAGAGGAGGAAAUGCAGAACAGGCCAGACAAGAACUAGAACUCUUGGAGGAGCAACAGCAGCAUAAUAAAAUCAUUGAAGAGGCUUGCUCGGAUAUAAAAAGUCGAUCCUCAGCACGUCCAAUCUUGAGGGCUUUGAUGGUGGCCAACGUCUUCAAUUUUUUCCAAGUGAUGGCUGGAACUUUCACAAUAAUUUUCUACGCUGUCAGUGUCCUCCAACAAGCUACGGGUGGUCAAGUGUCAGACACAGACGUAGCAGUGAUCACAGCUUUAACCAGAGUGAUUCUCACAACUAUGGCCUGUUUUAUGCUUCUCAGAAUAGGACGACGACCAAUGACCAUUUCUUCAGGAGUCGGGUCAGGAAUUGCAGCAUUCGUGUUGAGUGCCUGGCUUUAUUGGGUCCCUGAAUCAGACGAUCACGCUUGGGUUCCAGCAGCUCUCAUCAUCGUUUUUGUGAUCUUCAAUUCGUACGGCUUCUUCAUGAUUCAAGGGUUGAUGAUCGGAGAAAUGUUCCCUGCCAGAGCCAGAGGCCCUGCCAGUGGCAUUACUUGCGCCAUAAUCAAUGUUACCCUCUUCGCCACAUCCAAAACGUAUCCGUGGAUGACUCACGUCCUGAAGCCAACUGGACUUUUCCUCUUUUUUGGGCUCAUGACGGCAGCCGGGACUCUUUUUGCGUAUUUAUUCAUUCCUGAAACUCAAGGAAGUACUUUAGCCGAGAUUGAGGAGCAUUUCAGUGGGCCGUCAUUGAUCUGGAGGAGCAAAUCAAUUAGGAAGAAUGCGGACGGAGUAAACGACCAAGAUGCAGAAGUUGCUAUUUUGAGGGUUUAAAAAAUACAAUCGCUGAACGCUUGAGGAACACCAAUUGACGCAAAAUAUUGCAAACCUUGACUGAAAAUAA